UGUUUAACCGGGCCCAGGCCAAGUUAACCAUGCUUGUUGCCCAAGACAGGUCGCAUUGUUGUAUUAGUCGUAAUCUUUUCCUAAGUUAAAAAGCAUAUAAUUCCGUGAAACUUCUUGCAAGAACAGGAGGAAGAAGAGCGCUCGUGAUACCUAUGUAUAGAUAUGGCAGAAGGAAGGAAAUUGGAGAUAAAUGUACCGGCGGACAUGGAGGGAAAUUACCCAGAUUCUGUGAGUUCUUCGCCCAGAUCUAGAGAAACUGACUCUGAUUAUUUCGGCGGGUCGGCGAACCAGAGAUGGGAAGCCAUCGACCAGAGCGGCUCUUCGAUUGGUUCGUCGACUCGGGUUCGACUCAUGUGCAGCUGCGGCGGCAAAAUUCUGCCCCGCCCACAUGACAAUCAGCUCGCAUAUGUCGGCGGCGAUACACGGAUCUUGGCUGUCGAACGGAGCAUCCGAUUCGGGACCAUGAUUUCGAAGCUCUCUAAUGUGUGGGGUUCUGGGGUCUCUUUUAAAUACCAGUUGCCCAAUGAAGAUCUGGAUUCCCUGAUUUCUGUCACGAAUGACGAGGAUCUCGACAACAUGAUGGCGGAGUACGACAGGCUGCAGAAGUCUGGGUAUAAAUUCUCCAGGCUGAGGCUCUUUGUGUUUACCAAGAGGGCUGAAGGAUCGACCUCCAGUUUGGGGUCUGUGUUGGAGGAAUCCCGGCGGGAGCAGUGGUUUGUGGAGGCGCUCAAUAAUCCGCCUGUGAAUCAGGGGAUUAGCAACAGAUCGGAUGUUGGGUCCGGGUCUGAUGCCUCGGCAUGGGUCAAUCACAUGCCGGAUUACUUGUUUGGGCUGGAGAAUAAUAGUUCUGGGGCUCAGAACAAUGGUGGGGUGGAGGAAGAUCGGAUGAUGUUGCCUCGCCCGAAUUCCUUCGACUCUGAUGCCUCUGGUUCGAAUCGCCCGGGCCUCAAUUCGGGCGCGAGAGUCGAUGCCCCAAUUGGGGCAAGCCCAAAUCCAGUGAUGCCCGAUCAAUCUGAAAAGGGUACUCAGGGUACCCGGAAUUCGAAUUCAGCCCCAAUUCAAGAGAUCGGGAUUCCUGCCCCUCAGAAGCCCAAUCUUCAGCCAGAUGAAAUGAUUACACAGCGCCCACCUGCCCCAAUGCCUCAGCAAGUUCCGCUUCAAGAGUUUCAGAACCUGCAGUUAAAACACCAGCAACAGGAGAACCAGUUGAAGCAGCAGGAGCACCAGUUGAAGCAGCAGGAGCACCAGAUUAAGCAGCAGCAUCAGCAGGAGCAGCGGCAGGAGCAGCGGCAGCAGCAGCAGGAGCACCAGAUUAAGUAUCAGCAUCAGCAGGAGCAGCGGCAGGACCAGCGGCAGCAGCAGCAGGAGCAGCGGCAGGAGCACCAGGAGCACCAGUUGAAGCACCAGGAGCACCAGAUUAAGCAGCAGCAUCAGCAGGACCAGCGGCAGGAGCAGCAGGAGCAGCGGCAAGAGCAGCGGCACGAGCAGCAGGAGCAGCGGCACGAGCAGCAGGAGCAGCGGCAGCAGCAGCAGGAGCAGGAAGCGAUGCAGGAAACGUUUAUGAAACUGCCGGGUAGGAAAAUUUUCCCCGACCCGACCAGAGCCAUGAAUUUAUCAGGCCCUGGGCAGGAAGUUUACAUGCAACAGCCCUCACAGCCAGAUUAUUACAGGCAGGAUCAACAGCAGCAGCAGCAGCAGCAGCAGCCACCGGUCACAUACUGGCAAAUGCAUGAUCAAGGUGGGAAUAGCAGCCAAUACCCAGUUUACCUGGUUCCCACCGGGUCGAACAUGAUGCAGACCAUGACCGGCGUUCGCCCGACUCCUGGUUACUACAACCCGGCGCAGCGGGUUACCGCGGCGCCGUCAGUCUACGACGCGCCUGGGCUCGUGACAACGGUAAGAGCCACGGUGCCACGUCAGCAGAUUGGGGGCGUUUCGGAGGCGGUGGAUCCGUACAGAGAGGUGGCGGCGCAGCAAAGUGUUAUGCCUUUACAGGCGCCGCCGGUCUCCAAGGUCCCGGCGAUGUACGGAGGCCCAAUGCAGGUGACGGUUCCCGGCGAUGUAAGGAUGAUGUACCGAGCCCCUGCGCCGGUUAAUUCGAUGCCGAUUGCGCACCCGGAGUCGUACGCUUACCCGCCACAGCAGGUCGUUUAUGACCCCAAUUUGAAUGCCACCCGCCAGGUGUAUUACACGCAGGCCGUCAAUACUCAGUAUCAUCAGCCCAUGGGACCGAUCGCUUCGGAUAUUAAUGUGGCGGCUUCGACCUUGGAUAUGUCGGCGGCGGCGCCCGAGCAGCAGGCGAAAUUGGUGAGAGUUACUCAGGCGACGUCUUGAUCAUCGUACGGGCGUAUUAAGAUUGGCGUAUGUAGAUUAUUUUUCGUUUAUAAGGUUAUUAAGCGUUUUCAAUCAGGUCAUAUAAACUGUGUUUUGCUUCUGAAACUGAAUUUCAAUACGGAACUGAUUGUAAUUGGAUUUUACAUUAAUAUAAAUUUAUUCUGGUUAUUACA